AUAAUACUAUUGGCAUACAGAAAUUAAGCUUAAGAGAUAGAUCUCGUGAUGACAAUGGUGGUGUAUGGCGUAUUAAUGUUGUGGUGUGCAAUAGUUGGGCUUGCCAUGAGGCCCGGGGUGAUGGAGGAUCAGACGCCGCUAAGGUCGUCAUCAUCAGCAGCUAAUAGUAGUAGUUAUGACUACGCAGAUGCUCUGGAAAAGGCUAUCUUAUUCCUUGAAGGACAACGUUCAGGACAGUUGCCGUCCAAUCAAAGAGUCACCUGGAGAGCAGACUCAGCUCUCUCUGACGGCAAACUUCAAAAUUUGGAUUUGACCGGAGGAUAUUAUGACGCUGGUGAUAAUGUGAAGUUUGGAUGGCCAAUGUCAUUUACAGUGACGUUAUUGAGUUGGGCAAAUAUUGAGUAUCAGACUCAGAAACAGACUGAUCAAAACCUCCAAAGUGCAAUCCGCUGGGGCACUGAUUUCAUACUCAAAGCCCACACUUCGCCGACUACGCUCUUCACACAGAUCGGAGAUGGGAACGCCGAUCACCAAUGUUGGGAGCGCCCAGAGGACAUGGAUACUCCAAGAACACUCUACAAGAUUGAUUCUUCUUCCCCUGGAACCGAGGCUGCUGCUGAAUCUGCUGCUGCUCUUGCUGCUGCCUCCAUUGCCUUCAAGAAAACAGAUCCCGCUUAUUCAUCAACCCUAUUAACCCACUCUAAAUCACUGUUAGAUUUUGCUGACAAGUAUAGAGGAUCGUACUCGCUUUCUUGCCCAUUCUACUGCUCCUACUCAGGUUACCAGGAUGAACUGUUAUGGGCGGCGUCUUGGCUAUACAAGGCCACCGGAGAAAGCCAGUAUUUGAACUAUAUUACUUCUAACCAAGGAUGGAGUCAUGCCGUAAAUGAGUUCAGCUGGGAUAACAAAUUUAUUGGAGCUCAAACAAUACUCACCCAGGAAUUUUAUGAGGGGAAGAAUGAACUGGGCAAGUUUAAGAGUGACGCUGAAUCAUUUGUAUGCGCAGUGAUGCCAGGAAGUAGCUCUCAACAGAUUAAGACGACUCCCGGCGGUCUAUUGUAUACUAGAGACAGUAGCAACUUGCAAUAUACAACAAGCUCAACCAUGGUGCUAUUCAUUUUCUCCAAAAUCCUAAGCAGGAACAACGUCAGUGGAAUCCAGUGUGGCUUUUCACAUUUCACUGCCCCCCAAAUUAGAGACUUUGCAAAAACACAGGUGGACUACAUACUGGGAAAGAAUCCAAUGAGUAUGUCGUACAUGGUUGGAUUUGGCAGUAACUACCCAAAGAAAUUACACCACAGAGGCUCAUCAAUCCCUUCAAUCAAAGAUCAGCAGGGAAAAGUGGGGUGCAGCGAUGGUAUGUCAAACUAUUACAAUUCACCAAAUCCAAAUCCCAAUACUCACGUUGGUGCCAUUGUUGGAGGCCCUGAUUCCAAUGACCACUUCGGUGAUGAAAGAUCUGACUAUUCUCACAGCGAACCUACAACCUAUAUUAAUGCUGCUUUCGUCGGUUCCGUCGCUGCUUUGCUUGCUGAAUGA